AUGCAUAGUUGUGAGUUUUACAUGGACUCAGAUGAAGAUGAGAUUUUCUUCACUUGCGUUAAAGAAAAAGAUCAAAGUUUAAUUUCAAUUGAUGAACCUGGUUCUGAAAUUUUGAAACCUAAAAUUGUUGACAGCUCUAAUGUUAACACAUUAAAAUCUGAUUGUAACAUUACAUGUGCUAACGAAGAUGAGUUUCAUAGUUUUACCACAAUUGAUACAUCAAUUGGUUUGGAUCACAAUUACUCUUAUACCAAGACAAAAAUAGAUAAAAGUAUCCUUGACACUCCUAAAAGUGUUGUCAAAGCAGAUGAAGAUGGUGGAUUUUUAAAAGUUUUAUCAGAAAUAGCAUUGGUUAAAGCAGAGAUGGAUAACAAUAAAAUGGAUGAAAACAAAGAAAAUAAAGGAUUUUCAAUACCUGAGAUAAAAAUAAUUAAUGCUACUCCUGAGAAACUUUCUUAUCAGAAUGUAUCUAAAGGUAUUACUAAUGACAAUUCACUGAAUAAUAUAAGGGACAAAUCUAAUAAAAGUAAAAGUAAAUUACACAAAGAUAAUUUAAAAAUUGGUAAAAAGAAUUCUAAUUCUGUUUGCGAAAGUGAUUUUUUAAAUAAAGAAAACUAUCAGUUUGAUAAAAAUAUCAGUAAUAAAGGAAAUUCAUGGCCCAUUUCAUUAAAACUCAAUAAAACACCUUUGUGUGAAAAAUAUUGUGACAACAAGAAAAACAAAUCAAAUUAUGAAGAUGACUUAAUAACUUUGGAAGAAAGCAAAAAAGAAAUAAAAAUACCUGAUUCUGUAAAAGAGUUUAAUGAAAUAGUUACUCAUGUAAGUAAGGAAUCUCCUGAAAUUAUUGAAAAUAAUAAGUUGGAAACUUACAGUGCAAACCUAACUGAUAAUAGAGAUUUAAAUAUAAUUAAAAAUGAUAAAAAUACUAUAAACAAAAAUAUUUCUGUAAUUCAAAAUGUAAACAUUGAAGUAAAAAACAAUUACUGUUACACAACAGAAGUCGAAAAAAAAAGUUGCCAUUAUAAAUUAGAAACAGAAAUAAAUGAAGUGAUCACACAAAAAAAUGUGAGCGUAACAGAAAGAAAAUAUCAAUAUGAAAUAGAUAAAAAUGUGCAAGAAAAUUUAAGUAAAAUAAAAAAUUUAAACAUAAAUUCUAAACCAGAAAUUAUAAUAGAAGACAGUGAACCAAAUACGAAGAAAUUAAAAAUUCCAACCAACUAUAGGUUUUCUAAAGAUGCGAGAAAAAUAUUAGAAGUUCUUAAAAACAAUUCGACGGAAAAUUCUUUCAAUGUGACAAUUUCUGAAUUAGAAUUGGAAAAUGAUGAAAUCCCUUCAGUUUUAUCUGAAUCCCUUCUCAGAUUAGAUGAAUCAAUGAUAUUAAAAAAUUACAAUUUGCCUACUGUAAAUAAUGAAACUCCUAUUAUGAAAAAUAAUACAUUAAUGACUUCGAAUAAGCAAACAUUGACUGACAGUAAUAUAAAAGACUACAUGGGAAGUACUCCAUUGAAGAGUAACAAAACCCCGACUGCGAGUGUCUCGAAAAUACCUGUAUUUGAAUAUAAAACAUCAAAUAUUGCGUCAAAAAAACCUAAAACUAUAAGAAUGACACCAUUUAAGACUGCUUCAGGAAUAAGUUCAUCUAAUUCAAAAUUUAGAAAUGUGAGAAAUAUUGCCAGCCCAAUUAAUGCUUACAUUCAUAACAAACCAACAGCUCUUAUAGUAAAUGUUAAAACAGAUGUUAACAACAAGAAUAAAAAUUUAAGAAAUGAACUGAAUGGAAAAAGUACAAAAAGCGAAAUUCAAAAAAAUUUUAAGAAAACAUCAUGUAACGAUUUGCCAUUUGUUGAAUUUAAAAGUGCUACACCGUACAAUAUUGAAAAAAGUGGUGAAAGCAGACUACCUCGAUUGGCACCAAAUUUACAAAAGUUAAUAGGAUCUACUUCUCCUAAGGUUUUAAAACACAAGGGUAGGUUUUUUAUGAAAUCUCCUGCAGUUAAACCUCCUCCUACAUGUAAUGAUACAACAAUUAUGGCAGAUAUAAAUGAAGUUUCCGUAAUGGUCAGUCAAGCAGCUCAGAAAACCUAUUUUAACGAAAAUCGGCUUGUACAUAAUUCGUAG